AUGGCGACUGGAGAAAAGAUGGACAUCGAAAAGGCUGAGCUGCAGCUCAAGGAAAUGGCCCAUUCCGAGCAGCACUACUUCAACAGUUACAAUCACCACGGCAUUCACGAGGAGAUGUUGAAAGAUGAAGUGCGAACACGCUCAUACAUGAAUGCGAUUGUGCAGAACAAGCACCUCUUCAAGGACAAGGUCGUACUCGAUGUCGGAUGUGGCACCGGUAUUCUGUCCAUGUUCGCCGUUAAGGCCGGCGCAAAGCAUGUGAUCGGCGUUGACAUGUCCACCAUCAUCUUCAAGGCCCGAGAGAUCGUCAAGGUUAAUGGCAUGUCCGACAAGAUCACGCUCCUCCAGGGCAAGAUGGAAGAGAUUGACGACCAGAUGCCCUUCAAGAAUGUCGACAUCAUCAUUUCUGAGUGGAUGGGCUAUUUCCUCCUCUACGAGUCCAUGCUCGACACCGUCCUGUACGCCCGCGACAAGUAUCUGAACCCGAACGGCCUCAUCUUCCCCGACAAGGCCACCAUUUUCGUUGCUGGUAUUGAGGACGGAGAGUACAAGGACGAGAAGAUUGGCUUCUGGGACAACGUCUACGGCUUCGACUACAGCCCCCUGAAAGAGACCGCCCUGACGGAGCCGCUCGUCGACACAGUCGAGAUGAAGGCCGUGGUUACGGACCCGGCGAGCGUGCUGACCCUCGACCUGUACAAGUGCACGACGGCCGACCUGGCGUACAGCGUGCCCUUCGACCUGCACGCGCGCCGCGACGACUUCGUGCACGCCCUCGUCGCCUGGUUCGACAUCGAGUUCACGGCCUGCCACAAGACGGUCGCCUUCUCCACCGGCCCCCACACAAAGUACACGCACUGGAAGCAGACCGUCCUCUACCUCAAGGACGUCCUGACCGUCCAGCAGGGCGAGACCGUCCACGCCCACAUGACCUGCCGGCCCAACGACAAGAACAGGAGGGACCUGGACAUCGAGCUCAAGUACAAGCUCGAGACGACGGACACGACGCGGUCGGCCGAGGGCGCCUGCACGUACAAGAUGUGCUAA